CUCAAAGGGAUCAAGACGAGGACCAUUACUAUCGUUCGGACUACCUCUGUAAUUCCUGCCGGCUGAGUCGUACUGGAACCGCUGGUCACGCAAAACCUGUCAAGCUGUCUCGUCACUCUCGGCGGCAACGGCUGCCACCUUGGCAACAUGCCCACUGACCCCUCCCUUCCUCAUGUCCACGGACAGACCGCUCACAAGCUCAAAGGGAAGAAGUUAUUAUACAGCGUCUCAGUAUUUUUGAGUAUAGGUGUUUGGCUUUUUGGAUAUGACCAAGGCGUCAUGUCAGGAGUCAUCACAGGGCCGUACUUCAAAGCAUACUUCAAUCAGCCUACAUCUACCGAGAUAGGCAACAUGGUUGCCGUGCUGGAAAUAGGCGCAUUCAUCACCUCCCUGCUCGCCGCCCCUUUGGCAGACAACUAUGGUCGUCGUAUAACUCUUCGCGCAGGAGCGUUCGUCUUCACUAUUGGUGGAGCGAUCCAAACUUUCUGCACGAGCUAUAGCACCAUGAUCGUUGGUCGAAUAACGAGUGGUUUUGGGGUAGGAAUGUUGAGUAUGGUUGUACCGAUAUAUCAGUCUGAGAUAUCACCGGCCGAUCAUAGAGGUCUGCUUGGUUCAGUCGAGUUCACCGGUAAUGUCGUCGGUUAUGCUUCUUCGGUCUGGAUCGACUACGCCAGCUCUUACAUCCAAUCCGACUGGUCUUGGCGGUUGCCUCUGAGUGUUCAAUGCAUCGGAGGUGCUAUCCUCGCUAUUGGCAGUUUCGUCACUCCAGAAUCACCUCGGUAUUUGAUUGAUACGGAUCAAGAAGUAGAGGGUUUGGCGGUCAUUGCGGACUUUCAGGGUAAUGCUCUGGACGAUGAGAGGGUAGUGGCGGAGUACAAGGAAAUCCGAGAUGCGGUGUUGGCCGAUCGCGCAGUAGGUGACAGGUCUUAUGGAGCUUUAUGGAGGAGGUAUAAAGGUCGGGUUCUGAUCGCCAUGAGCAGUCAAAUGUUUGCGCAACUGAACGGUAUCAAUGGUAGGCUCAUCCUUAGCGAGAGUGAAAUACAGCUGAUACUCCACGUAGUGAUAUCAUACUAUGCUCAGGCAGGAUGGAUUGGACGUGAUGCUAUCCUCAUGACUGGAAUCAAUAGUUUAUUCUAUGUUCUAAGCACCCUCUUGCCUUGGUUUCUGAUGGACCGCGCAGGUCGAAGACCCAUCCUUCUCACUGGUGCACUCGCCAUGGCUGUCGCCCUGACUGCGACCGGCUGGUGGAUCUAUAUAGAUCAAGCUAUCACACCCAACGCCGUGGUCGUUUGUGUUAUUAUAUAUAACGCUGUGUUUGGGACAAGUUGGGGUCCUGUCCCAUGGCACAUCAUGCCUCUCGCAUUCCGGGCCAAAGGUGUUUCUCUAUCCACCGCUACGAAUUGGCUCUUUAACUACUGGGUCGGGGUGACUACCCCAUUGUUUCAGGAGUUGAUAGGGUGGAGGUUGUAUCCCAUGCACGCAUUCUUCUGUGCUGUUUCCUUCGUACUUGUAUACUUCCUGUAUCCCGAGACUCGGGGCGUGCCUCUGGAGGAGAUGGACAAACUCUUCGGCGAUGAAAUUGUAGAAGACGAAGACGAUGGUGAAGAUGGUUCGGACGACGAUCGAAUCGACGAUCUCAACGAUGACAACUCCCUAGGAUCCGAAAGCUCAUCAUUGGUUGGAAGUCGACGUUCUCGUACUCUGAAUUCUUCACUUCCCACUUCCCGCAAACCUUCGCCUUUGCCAUAUCAUCGAGGGGAUGUCGAGCCGAGUUCAGGUCUGUUCAGUCGACUGAGUAACGCUAUGGGUGGUUUAUUAGGAGGUCCUCGGCGUAGAUCUCCUAGAGGGAAUUAUAAUCCUCUCAAUGGGGAACAAUAGGAACUCGCGAGACUCGGACCAAAUAUCGAACGUACAAGCCAGGUGGAUGUGGAAGCAGCUAGGGAAUACGACAUUGACUCGUUGUCUUCACAAAACGACCCGAAUCACGACUAUGACGAAUGGACUAGACCUAGGGAUGAUCUUGCUUCAAGGACUAGUUUCUUCGGUCUCUGGUCUCUGGUCUUGAGAUGGAUGGAUGGGAAGAUGGGGUUUUUCUAUAAUGGUAAUCUCGAAGUAGUAUUUUCUCGACUGACUAAAAAUACGAAAGAGCUGAUAGACGUUACUUUAUCCGUUCAAGACUGUACCCUACUUGACCAUGUCCUGCAUUACUCUAGACCAAACCAGUGGCCAGCGGAUCAGCCGUCAAUGCCGACUGCUUCAGAACCUGUGCCGGUCAAUGAAGGGGACACGAUAGGGGACAGAGAACAAGGGAGGAGGAAGGGGGAGAGUGAGAGAGAGGAGGAAGGGGGGAGAGUGAGAGAGAGAAGAAAUGGGAUAAUCCAAGGGAGAUGGAAUAGACCACUCACUCAACAGAUUGGAAGACAUAUAAUGUUCGCCGGAGUAACAUUCACAAUCUUCUGUUGUUUAGUCGUACUUGCCUCUGCUGCUUGGGUAUACACGACACCAGCUAGGAAAUGUCUAGAUAGGGUUUCGUUUCGACUAUUUUUAUGGAUGAUGGGAGCGGAGAUUAUACGUGCUACCCUUCUCAUCAUUUUCUUUGGGCCGAUGAGUGAGGAACGAACGAGAAUAGCCAAAAGUCCCGCAUGUGGUUUUGGUGGUUGGUUAUUCAUGUCUUCUCGUCUCUUCUGUAAUUGGAUCUGUUGUUGUAUCGGAUUGAACCUCUGUUUGACGGUCGUUUUUCAAAUAAAUCCUGUGCGUUAUCGCGUGGAAAGGUGGUACAUCCUCGGAUCAUUCGUCUUGAGUUUAGGAGUUCCCGUAGUGCCUGCUAUAUUGGGCCAUUUCGGUUAUGACCCUUACGUCCAAGCAUGUUAUUUCGCCAUUGUUGAAAGAGGCCCUCGGUUCCGCGCUAUGGUACUUGACUUGCACGCUUGGCAAUGUUUAGCAUCAAUCAUUUCCACCGUAUGCGUUGGAUGGUCGCUUGUCACCAUAUUCCGUCACGGUCGUGCAACCUCUCAAGCCUUAUCCGCAGGUAACAUCCUUAAUCGUAAACUCGUUCGGCCCAGUAGAUUCCGACGAAACUCAGCUCCUAUUCCUAUCCCAUCACCUCCAGAUAGUCCGGCUCAAAGUAAAAGACGAAGUAUACUGUCUCUCGUUCCCAGCAUCAGAACCGCAGAACCGACAGAGAUGGCAGUGCGACCAGGAGGUGGGGUAUUGCUAGGUGAUCGAUUUAGCUCCAUCGCCCUUCGAGUGUCAUUGUAUCCCCUCGCGUUGAUUUUCGUAAAUUUCUGGGUAGUUUUUGGGGAUGUGUAUUUGUACGCGCUUGGAUUCGACAAGGAUGGAGGUUUCGCCAUGUACAUUGCAUUUUGUGUAGUGUUCACUUCUGAAGGAGGAUUGUUUGCAUUGAUCGGAUUACUGGUGGAUCCUUGUUUGAGGAAUGGGGUCAAAGAGGCAUGGAAGAAUAGAAAGAGAGAAACAGACUGUGAGAGUGCACCGACACACGAGGGAGCGACGCAAAUCAUGAGCUUUCAAGAAAUGAUGGGUAGACCGACGUUGGGUAAAGUGGACAGGACAGAUACUUUGGAGGGGAAAGAAAUGUUGAUGGUCAUUGCUGAAACGGACGAGAUAGUGUCUUUGGAAGAAGCAUUGGCAGUUGUUCCGUCGUGUGGACGAGGUGAGGUAGUGUUGGAGGAUGAGGCCGAAGUGAGGUUAUGA